CUUGCUGGCCAGCUGACAGACAGUGUGAUGUAGCCUCAGUUCUUUGAGAGACAAGACAAAACAGCAGAUAUGGACAGUGGCAGCCUACGUCAUGAAAUUAACCUGGCAUUACCUGACCUGCAUGAAGAGACAAAGAGGGCAGUUAUUGAGCACCUGACAGACAUUAUUGGUGUCAGAAACAGAGAAGAUCUCCUGUUUGUUGAGCCUGAUGAUAUCAAGCCUUUCUUGACACCAAUUCAAAGUCGAAGACUUGUUCAAGUAUUCAGAAAAGUGGAGUCUGGCUCUUCAAACAACCCAAAGGAACCUGAAACCACCUGCUCAACAACUGUGCAAGUGCCACUACAGGCUAAUUCACUCUGUUCUGCACAAGCAUCAGGUCAACUCCCUUCCACACAACCAAAUGUAAGCAACACCUCCUGGAUCAGCAAUUUUUCAGUUCCCUGGGAGAAGAUGCCAACAAGACUUUCACAGGCCUUGGCAUCUGGUGGAAUGGCUCACCCAGAAGACAGGAGAAUAAUGAUUAGGACUGUUGUAGAAGAAAUGCGAGUACACUGCCCCAACCCUAACAGAGCUGCUUGUGGGGAGGUAGCUAGAGCUAUUGUAUCUAAGUAUCCCGCUACCUUUGCAGAUAAGACUGCAGAAGGUGAGCAAUUAGGCUGUGGUUAUUAUUCCCUACUCAAACAGCUUAAAACAAGAGUUGAACAUGUAAAUAGAGACAAUGUCAGCAGCAGAAUCCGGCAGCCAAGGAAAAGGUCUACCAGGGAAAACAAUGAGGGUGAUGUUGCCAUCAAAAGGGCGAGAUCUGAACUUGAUAGCUAUGGUUGCAUCAACUGGCAACCCACAACCCUACCAGAAGGAGAAACGACUGAAACUUUGGAGACAAAAAGACAGACUAUGUCAACUGUCUUCAGAUCAGCAGGUCCUCAAGCAAUUGAAACAACAGAUGUAAAUACUUAUAUGUCUUUGACUUAUAUUUACCAGAGGCACAUGCUUAAUUCUUGGCCUGCCCCCACCUUAUGUGAGGUUCAAGAGCACUGGCCAUUUCUUUUUACUAAAAGAGGCCUCUGCACUCACUUCCACACACUCACAGAUAUUGAGGUAGAUACACGUCUCAGUGAAGCCCUUCUUACGAAAGGAAGGAGAAUUUUGAACUUCUUUCAAAGCCAGAGACUUCAGUGGAACAAGGAGAUUGAACAUCUGCUACGUGAGUGCGACAGUGCAAAGCUGAACCACAACCAGAUCGCCACAGCAGCCAUCCUUCUUCUGAUGAAGUACUUCCAAGAAAAAGAGGACUCAAUCUUCAUCUUGGCUGAUGCUUUUUCCACCAAGAUGUCUGUUGAGAGAGAGAUGACCUUACCCAUCACACCAAGGGUAAUAGUGCUUGGGAAUAAUUUCAUGUCUGCAAGCCGCUGGAUGAUCAGUUUGGAGGGCAAGGUAUUUUAUGAGCCUGAGCAGAUGCAUGACUUUGCCAGCACCCUUGCUGUCUUCUUUGCGUCAUACUACGUUUUCAACCUUGAGUAUCAGGAGUCAGCGUCCAUCACACUGGAGAUGAUACAGAGGUUCUUUGUGAGGAUCAAUCCAGACAUGGGAACAAAAUGCCCUGCAAAACUUGGUACAAGCCGCAAGACAGGUCGUGUCGUAAAGAGGAAGGUUACAAGCGUCAGCCCUCGGAUCACCACCUUCCUCCAGCGGCUCUCUGAGUUUGAAUGGAGGACUUCCAACUAGGUGGUGAUGAAGACUACGCUGAACCUGACCAUCCUGGUAACGGAAAUCUAAAUCCCAUUUCACAUUCUAUUUCCUGGGACCCACUGAUAAUUACUACAUUUUGUAAAUGAUUUUUGUUUUAUAAUUGUAAUAGUUUAUUUAAUGUUCAUGCUGGUGGGUUUGUCCUGUUUUUAGUGGAAUGAAAAACUGUUUUCCUUAAAAAAAAUCAGACACAGAAAGGUGAAGGACUGUGUAGUUUUCAUGUACGCUUCUAUUUAUUUUGGUUAUUGACAUUGUUUUUAUUCAGUUGUAAAAUGUUUUUCUUGUUAAAAUUUUUUUUAUCAACAAUAAAUGUUGG